AUCAGCUGGCUUUGUAAGAUACAUUUGUACAAAAGACAGGCCAAGUAUAUUUUGUGACAAUCGUAAGAUAAACAGAAUCCGAGAUAAGAUGUCGCGUAAGCUUAACUCGGAACUCGUUAGUGUUAGCCCCAAAAAGAUGAUAUUCUACGCGCCCUACGAUCGCACCCAGAGACGUUUAAUAUCCAUAAUGAAUCCCACCGCAAAUAGGUUGCUAUACAAGAUACGUUCGAAUGCCCCAUGGAAAUACAGUGCCAGUCCAAACUGCGGCUUUAUUGAGCCCUAUGGCAUCAGCGAAAUAAAUGUCAGCCUAAAUUAUUUUGAUUUCCAUGCAGAUCAAGAAUACUGCCAUCGCUUCUGUGUCCAAUGCAUUCAAGCACCGCCAAUGCAACAGCUUCUAAACCAAUCGAUUCUGUGCAUCUUUAAGCAAACCGGUCGCUCAAUGAUACACAAUGUGCGCGUGCCCGUUGAGCUUCAGCCAGAACCCAUACGCAUACCUCAGCAGGAACUGGACACCCUAUUGCCGUACGAUGUUCAAAAGCUGCUUUGGAAUCUGCGUCCGCUUGGCAACGAUUAUAUGGAUCACUUGAAACAGGUGACUAUGCUGAAGAGUGAAAAGAAACGCCGUGGUUGGGCACGCUGCCUGAUGACAUCGCUCAUUAUAAUAUCUACACUGACGGGGGCAUAUUUACACCGCCAACAAUUUAAGGAAACCUUGAAUUUACAUCUUAAAAUGGAUAAUCUGCAGUGUUAGUUUAUAUUUGGAAAUUGACCAAAAGGAUUGCCCACCCUGCAGACAGCUAUCCGGAGAGAAGGUACGUCGGCAGCUACUUACACUUUGAUUCACCUUUGAAUGUUCACAAAAUCCCCACUAAUUAAUCAGUAAACAACUAU